UCAAUUACAACAAGAUAUGAAAGCAUACGUUAAAAGGAUGAAUCGCUUUUAAAAAUUCAAUACACCUCAAAGAGCUUAAAUUUACAAUUGGAAAUGCAUACAUACAAAAUUACAAUCCCUCAGAUAGCAGUUGUGUAGUUGUCAUCAAGCUAACUGGAGGAUGGGAUGAGAAGACCAUAAGUGACUUGGAGUCAUUACUAAAAAACUUCUUUAACCAAAGUGAUAUGUUUAGCCACCUUCGAAUCACACCAGGGUCAGUGUGUAUCAGUUAUUUGGUGCCAUAUUCUGCCAUUGCUGACAUCACCAGUGCUGUCAAUUCAAAAUCUGAUACAAUGCGCGAAGUUGGUGUAUUUUAUUUUUCAAUAAAUGGCAAAGUUCUUCUUGAUGAAAAAGAUGAUGUUAACUUUAAUGAGCUGCUAUUUGAAGCAGAGAAAUUAGGCGAGAAAUUUGAAUCUUCCAUGUUGCAAUCAUUGGCAGCUAGUCCAUCUGUCCCUCAGCAAGCUAUUGUUCGUGUUCCAAAGAGUUUAUUACAAGAAUUUAAUUCAAUAAGAUCAUCAUUUGGUAGAAUGAUGAAUCAUGUGUCAAAAAUUAUCAAACAGAACUCUCCACCUCUUGAUGACCUAAAGUCUCUCAUUCAAGACUGUUAUCCUGGCCGAAGUUUAAAAGUGAAGCUAGAUGAGUGUUCUGAUAUAUCCGGUGUAUUACUUGUGAUUAAAGACGAGUGUUCAUUGACUGAUAUUGGUCUAUUACAAACUGUAGUUGAAGAAUUUGAAGUCACUGAAGCUGAAAAACACAUUGAGCAAUACAAGACAACAUUGAAAGAGUUCUGUCACUCAAUGUCUAUUCGUCUUUCUUUGAAGGGAAGGUCUGAUAUGACAACCCCUUAUCUUGCAAUUGAAACAGCAACUUAUGUCUUUGAUUGGGAGCCUCAAGAGCUCAUGUUACGUGAUAUUGUUGAUAUUCUUUCUGAAAUAGCUGGUCAAUUUGUGAAGAUUGUAUGUGCAUAGUAAGCCAAUUGCUGGUUAUUAGCAGCCACUUCAAAGUUAUUUAUAGAUACAUGAGUGUACAUGUUUUUCAUUGUUCAUACACGUAAUUAAUAUAAUAAAUAUUGUUCUUUCAUUAUGUUACACUGAAACAACAGAAGUGAACAAACAAUAAUAUCUUUAAUCAAUGCAGUAUCAUAUCUUUUCUCGGUUAUACAGUCAUACACACAAUUUUGCUUGUUUUUU